AUGGAGGUCAGAGAACCACCAGUCAUCGACUUUGCACCCUUCUAUGGCCCAGAGGGUGCCGCAAAGGACCAAUUAAUAAAUCAGUUGCGGGACGCCUGCAAGGAGUUUGGUUUCUUCCAACUCAUCAAUCACGCCGUUCCAGCAUGUCUCCAAGAAUCUGUUCUUCAGCAGAGCAAGGAGUUCUUUGACCUUCCAACAUCAAUAAAAGAAAAGUAUAGCCAGGAUAUCACUGGCGACAAUCGCGGAUAUGAGCGCCUUCGGGCGCAGAACUUCGAGAAGCGAGGCAAAGGUGACCUCAAGGAAGGUUUCUUCUUAGGUAACCACAUUCCAGUCGAUGAUCCACAGAUGAUGGGGAAAAAAUUUGCCCAGGGACCGAAUAAGUACCCUGUGGAAGUUAGCGAACCUGCUAAAUUCCGAAGUGUCAUGAAUGAGUAUUAUGACGCGAUGACCUCGCUUGCAAUGGGCAUUUUGAAAAUGUUAGCCCGGACUCUGGGACUAGAAGAAACUGCCUUUGACGCGUUCUGCGUAGAUCCGAUUGCUAUCGUUCGGCUUCUGCACUAUCCGCCACAGGAUCCUGACAGCUCGGAUAUUGAGAGAGGAAUUGGCGCUCAUUCUGACUUCGGUGCCAUCACCAUGCUUCUCCAAGACGCAACGGGUGGCCUGCAGGUUUGGAACAAUGUCUUGUCGGAAUGGAGCGGCAAGGAGCGCUUCAGCGUUCCAUUCUUCAUGUCUGGUAAUCCGGAUUACAUCGUCGACUGUCUCCCAACCUGCGCCGGCGAGGGGCCUAAAUACCCACCCAUAACGGUGAGUGAGUGGAUGGCCGGGCGAUAUGCGGAUACAUAUGGCACACCGAAUGGAAAGGCAGUUUCUGAUCUUCGAGAAGUCCCUUCUGUCUGA